CGCCGCUUCCCGGCCGAGCGGCGGAACCGCGGCCCCGCCGGCGGCGCCGAGGCUCCCGGCUGCGUAGGAAAAGCCUCUUGGCACGCGGGUUCCGCGGCUUGGGAGUCGGGAUAGCGCUGGGCGCCGCGGAUGGCACUGGGGGCUGGCGGGGGUCGGUCCUGUUUUCCCUCCGGAUAGCUUGGAUGAGCAGCCUCCCUUCGCCCCAGCUGAGCAGGGGCUCCCCGUGCCUGGAGACUUGCUGGCCUCUGAUCUCCGCCGGCAAGGUUCACAUUCCCUCUGGAAACAUAAGGAAGGGUGGGGGCAAGCAGACUUUGUGGGCAGCAGCUGUGGGAAGAGGGAGGCAGAGCGAGCGUGGCGAUGACACGCGUGGCUGCUGGGGCUGCGUGUGCCCGCGCUGCUGCCCUCAUCUGCGAGCUUCUCCCGUCCGUGCUUAAAACGUUUCUCCGGCCUGUGUAUGCACGGUGUUCCCAGAGCCAGUGACGCUGGCAGUUCGCCUGCUUUGAAAUACAGCCAAGAGUAGCCUGGAACGCAAAUUCGGCACCUCAGCUCUGGAGAGACCACUUUCCAGCUAAAGAUGGCUGCUGAUACCUCCAUUGAUAUCCUUCAAAAAGUUCUGGAGAAUGAAAUACUUCAGUCAGCCAAGGUUGUGGAAGAACAUCUGGAUGCUGAACUACAGAAGCUGGACCAAAUGGAUGAAGAUGAAUUGGAACGCCUUAAACAGAGGAGGCUGGAGGCCCUAAAAAAGAGCCAGCAGCAGAAACAAGAGUGGCUUUCAAAAGGACAUGGAGAAUACAGAGAAAUCCCAAGUGAGAGAGACUUUUUCCAAGAAGUUAAAGAAAGUAAAAACGUGGUUUGCCAUUUCUAUAGAGAUACAACGUUCAGGUGCCAAAUAAUGGACAAACAUUUGACUGUAUUGGCAAAAAAGCACAUUGAGACAAAAUUCUUGAAAUUAAAUGCUGAAAAAUCUCCUUUCUUGUGCGAAAGACUGCGCAUCAAAGUAAUUCCCACUCUAGCACUAAUAAAAGAUGGGAAAACACAGGACUACGUCGUGGGCUUUACUGACCUCGGUAACACUGAUGACUUCACUACAGAAACCUUAGAAUGGAGAUUAGGCUGUGCAGAUGUAAUUAAUUACAGUGGAAACUUGAUGGAUCCACCUUUUCAAAGUCAAAAGAAAUAUGGAACAAGCUUUACAAAGCUGGACAAGAAGACCAUCAGAGGAAAGAUAUAUGAUUCAGAUUCUGAUGAUGACUAGAAGAGCCGCUAAAUAUAUUUGUAAAUCAUCUUUUGUUUAUGCGUGGUACAUUUCUAAGAAUGUUUUUUAUAAAGCUUACUGCUUUUCAUUACAUCUGCACAUAAUUCUCAUUUUUCUAUACAGUUUUAUACAACUGAGUCACAGCAGGAAAAAGCUUAAGUAUUUUUUUUCCUCUUUUGGAAGUCAUUUGUAAUUUGAACAUCUUAGUCCUUCUAGCUAAAUGACAUGGCAAAUGAUGAACUUAAGCCCUUUGUCUUAAGUAUAAGUUUAUGAAAUGUUUUGAAGUAACUUAGAAACUGCUGUAUGAAGUCAGACCAAAGGUCCCUCUGGCCCAGGAUCCAGUCUCAGUGGCUAAAAGAAGAUGCACAAGGAAGAAUGAAAACAGAGUGACCAGAUAGCAAUGCUUCCCCACAGUCUACUUUAAGUAAUCUGUGGCUUGGGGAACCCCGUACCUGAGAGCAUUUGCUGCUUAAAAUAAUAGAAGAAAAAUCUCUUUAAAUCCUCAUAGUAUCCAGGCAUCCACGUCAUGUGGCAAGGAGGUCACAGUUUAACUGUGCUGUGUGAGGAGCUACUAUUGUUUUCAUUGAAUCUAACAAGGUUUUUUUCUGUUUUUCAUUAUUAAAGGAGGUAACAUUCACUUCUAAAAAAGAUUGUUCUUUAUAAGUUCCUCUUCCAAUUGCCUUUUUAUAUUUAUUAUUAUUUACAUUAUCAGUAAAGCACCACAAAUUUAUUAGUAAAGAAAUUGUGCAUUUUAACAAAUAAUUGCUUUUCUUAUGGUGCCAUAUCAUGCCAUUGAAUAAAUUAACUGCAUUGCACUGUAAGUUGUACAAACAGUCAUAACUUCUGUGAAAUAGAUGGCCAAGAGAAAUGCCCUUUUACCAUCUACGAAUGCUGCAUGUCAGAGCUGAUACAGCAGGCAAUAGCACAUAGCAACAAGCAUAUUGAAAACAGCCUUGUUCACGGGUUUGUAUCAUUCUGUGGUUGUGAAUGUGUGGAUUUUAUAGCAGAUGCUUUGUACAAGAGAGUAGAAUAGAGAAGUAUUUGGGAGAAACCUUGAUCGUUAAGUUUAGACAUAGUGCCGCAUACUGUGUACUGUUCUUCAGUGAUGGACAGAAUUUUUGAGAUCUUCCUUGGACACAAUGUAAAAUUCCUGGCUAGGUGAAGCAUUGAUGGGUUUCUUUUUCAUUUUCAGAAAAAUUGUUUGCUUUGUGCUGAAGGAUCCUUUUGAGGUGGUACUUUGAACCCAGUUGGUCCAAAUAGCAGUGAAGUGGGUCUAGCCAAUAUUGCUGCCUUGUAGUAGAGAACACUUGGGCCAGCCCAGCAAUAUAUCUCUUUAAGUUCAAAAAAUUAUAUUUUAUUUCUGUUCAUGUACAUUGAAAUAAAAUUAUUUUAAUUCUAAUGUUGACU